UUUGACGUUACACCAAAAUGUCCACGCUCUCUUGACAGCUGUAGAGCGGUGACCGCUGAUAUGGAAAUCUGUCUUUCGUGACUAUAAAACGUCUGCGUUGACGUACACGUUACACCUUCAUAUAAAGAUUUGUGGACAUUUUAAUCUAAACCAUGGCUCGGGUCGUGAAAGUGUUUCGGACUCUGCGGAAUCACUGGAAGAAGUCCACGUUUGCUGUGUGCGUGCUGUCUUAUGGGGGCCACUGGCUGUAUGGGAAACACUGUGACAAUCUUCUGCGGAGAGAGGCGUGUCUCAUGGCCAGGGAAUUUGGGCGUCAACAGAUAGAGCCACAUGCACGCCUGAGGAAAGCAACAGUGGUUUUAAACCCAGCAGCUUGUAGUGGGAAAGCCAACAACCUGUUUGAAAAGAAUGCAGCCCCCAUAUUACACCUGGCUGGAGUGGAGAUUACAAUAGUGAAGACGGAUUACGAAGGCCAGGCGAAGAAACUGAUGGAGUUCAUGGAGCAGACUGACAUGCUGAUCGUUGCCGGGGGAGACGGCACCCUGCAGGAGGUCGUCACAGGUUUACUUCGGAGGCCGGAUCAGGACACGUUCAGCUGCACUCCAAUAGGAUUCAUCCCUCUGGGCGCUCACAACUCUCUGAGUCCCAGUCUCCAUCUUCUCAGUGACAACAAGGUCAAAGACAUUACAUCAGCAACACUCUCCAUACUGAGGGGAGAAACGGUUCCCCUGGACGUGCUACAAAUCCAAGGGGAGAAAGAGCAGCCGGUCUUUGCUCUGAUGGGACUACGUUGGGGUGCUUUCAGAGAUGUGGCUGCAACAAUCAGCAAGUAUUGGUACCUCGGACCACUGAAGACAAAUGCAGCACAUUGGUUAAGCAGUCUACGGGAGUGGCCCCUGGUCAGAGACGUGGUCGUGUCUUUCACCGCUCCCAGCCUCCGGCCCCCUGAUCUGCCCCCUCAGAAACCCACCAGACCCAACCUGCUCUACCGCAUCAAGCGGCGGCUGCAAAACUACUGGAACCCUCCUGUUGAAGAGCCUCCAAAAGUGGAAGAGCCGGAGGAGUGGAAGGAGCAGCAGCUGUCGACGCUGGAGCUGUUUGUUCAAACGCACAACAAAAACCCCGUGCAGAGGCGGCUCAAUGACUCCCUGAUGAUCUGUGCAGAACCAGAUGACUUCACCGUGGGCGAGUUCAUCACAGUCGGAAAAAAAAAGGAAGAGGACCCCACUGUGUUCACCAAAAACGCCACAAUACUAGAAGCCAGCGCUUGUCACCUGCAGCUCCCAGAGGGUGCCGGGGGUUUUUACAACAUCGACAACGAGGAGUAUGAGGCCAUGCCUGUAGAGGUAAGGCUGUUGCCACGGAAACUACAGUUCUUCAUCAGUGCAGAGCGGAGGGAGCAGCUCCUCUCGCAGACACAGUGAUGGAAAAGAAGAAAACAUCAGAUCUGAAAAAGGAGACACGAACAGCGGGACAAACACUGACUUCAGGAUCCCGAAACUCUGAUGAGGAGUUAAAGAAUCUGUUUCUGAACAUCGAAGAAUCGCAGAAAUAUUCAGUUGAAGUUACUUAAAACAGUAACGAGGAGGAUUACAUGAUAUUUUAUUAUAUAUAUAUGAAAGGACCAAGGCUUUGUUUCCACGUGCAUGUUGUCUUAAAAUGGACUUUACGUUGACUGGAUGGUUCGCUGUCAUUACAUCUGAACUUGGUAAAUAAAAUAACAGCUGUCCAAUCAAA